AUUAACUUCGUCUCGCGAUCCCGCGCGCGCUCUUCUACCCUGCUGUCCCUGUCUCGCUCCACUAGACUUGCAAACUUUCAGGCUUUAACAAAGACUCUAAAACUGCCUUUAGAUUUUCGUAAGGGAAGUCUGCGGUUUGUGGCGUGUCUGCAGAUAUUAUCUACCUGUAACAUGUAAACGCAAUCUCCUCAUCCCCCAGUUCGGUUUGUGCACCGCUCUUGAGUUAUACCGACACUUCACAAGGAUCUCAGAGGCAUUUCCGUUCAUUAGCUAUUAUUAACAGGAAUUCUGCAGAGCUUGUGCUUUCGGUUAAAAUGUGGCAGUAUAAGCCGAUAUGCAGGAUGUGUGCUAGUUUAUUACUGAUCUUACUAGUGUGCUUUACUCCCUUGCAAUCGGUUCCUGCAAGUACAAGGACUUUAUUAAGGAGAGCACUACAUCUAAGAGUGGCAGAUAAGUACGAUGACUAUGAAUAUCCUCUACAUUCACAGGUGUCACAGUUUCAAAAGAAUGACCGCUGUCCUCCUCCACCACAGAUGUUGCCCGAAAGAGCCUGUGAUGUCCCGAGCUGCCGAUCUGAUUCAGUGUGUGAAAGGCACAAACGCUGUUGUUAUAAUGGAUGUAUUUAUGCCUGUUUAGAAUUAGUUCUACCACCACCAGUUCUUGACUGGUUGGUACAGCCAAAACCACGAUGGCUGGGGGGUAACGGAUGGUUACUGGAUGGACCUGAGGAAGUGCUACAAGCGGAAACCUGCAGUACCACAAAGGAUGAUGAAGAACCUCUCCACUGCCCUACAGGCUAUGAAUGUCAUAUCAUAAAUCCAGGAAAUCCGUCAGAAGGGAUCCCCAACCAAGGACAGUGCAUUAAGCACAAAAACUCAGUUUCUAGGCAAAGAAUAAGAAAUCAUUCUGCUCAGAAUUAAAAGGCUUCAAGAAAUGAAUGGUACAAUAGUUUCUAAAGUUUUGGACAAAGAGUUUCUGAGAACAUGGUUUGCUGUCCUGGAAUAAUUUUAAUUUGCCUUACAUAUCCAAUAAAUAUUAUGAUUGCUCAAA